ACGCUGCAUAACGGGAGAUCCAUUGCAGUUUUCCAUAUGGCUCUGCGACAGCCGCCUAGGGUUCAAACUCCAAAGAGUGACUUCUUAUGAGGGGAGUGAGAGCAGCUGUGACUCUGGGGCUGCGCUGCUGGGUUGGAGGAAGGUCCAGUCUCCAUCGCUAUAAAGGCCUCGCCUGUGAAACGCCCCCUUUUUGGCUCCUGUCGGGCCCCAGUUUUCGUUUCAUGUAUUCAAGGAGCAGGAGCGGCGCAGAAAUGGAUGUAGCGGCGGUGGACCUGCGCAGCGACACCGUCACCAAGCCCUGUGCGGAGAUGAGGAGGGCCAUGGCUGAGGCGGAGGUCGGAGAUGACGUCUAUGGGGAAGACCCCACUGUGAAUGAGAUCCAGCGGUACGCGGCGCAGCUCUUUGGCACAGAGGACGCCCUCUUUGUGACCAGCGGCACCAUGGGAAAUCUGAUCUCAGUCAUGGUUCACUGCCGAGUCAGAGGAUCUGAGGUCCUGGUUGGAGAUGAAUCUCAUAUGGUCUUCUAUGAGCAAGGCAGUGUAGCGCAGGUUGCGGGAGUGCUCCCUCGUGCUGUACGGACCUUGAAAGACGGUCGUCUAGAUCUGAAGGAUAUGGAGAGCAAAAUCCAGCACAGCUACCCAGAUGUGCACUAUGCUCAGACGCGUCUCAUAUGCCUGGAGAACAGCCACAACCGCAUGGGGGGCCGUGUGCUACCCCUGUCCUACAUGAAGGAGGUGCGGGAACUUGCAGACCGCUACAGAUUGAAGAUCCACAUGGACGGGGCGCGACUUUUCAAUGCUGCGGAAGCGCUGGGCGUGGAGCCAGCAGAGAUCGUCCGAUUCUGUGACUCCGUCACAAUGUGUCUAUCCAAAGGACUUGGGGCGCCAGUAGGUUCGUUAAUUGGGGGAAAAGCAGAGUUUAUCGCCGAGGCGCGACGGGCAAAGAAGAUGCUCGGAGGAGGGAUGCGUCAGGCUGGAGUGCUUGCUGCAGCUGGACUGGUGGCAUUGAAACGUGCGAAAGAGAACGUGAAGUUAGACCAGCAGAAUGCCAAGAUGUUUGCCAAAGCGGUACAGGAGCUGGCCUGCCCCAUCUGCACCACGGACCCCGCGGUAGUGGACAGUAACAUGGUGCUGCUCACAGUCACAGCGCCCCUGUCUGGUCAGGAUCUGUGUGAUCAGCUGAGUGCAGGCGACCAGCAGGCCGGCGUGGUGGUGAAAGCGCUCGCCUUCUCCCCCGAGAUCGUGCGGCUCGUCUGGCAUCGGGACGUCUCCACAGAGGACACCCUGCGGGCGCUGGAGAAGCUCAAGUGGGUGCUGGAAAAAUACAACACGGAGGCACCCAAGGGUUAAUCACAGGACACUUGUGGAUUUUUGCAUUCCUAGGUCAUCAUGGCUUUUAUGCGGAGAAUGCAGGUGAAUGUAUAAUAAAGGAAGGUGCACAGCAGAGGUGAAU